CAAAUAUAUGAUAGUACAUGCACCUUAAUUCACACUUAUCUCUUUCUUCCAAUAUUAUAGAGAAGAUGAAAGGGAUAUGGAAUAGAGUGCAUGGAUUGAAACCAGUGAUGCUUAUGGUGUUAGUCCAAAUUGCCUAUGCUGCUGUUAAUGUGCUUUACAAGCUUGCCAUCAACGAUGGAAUGACUGUUAAAGUUGCUACUGCUUAUCGUCUUGCUUUUGGUUCUGUUUUCACUAUUCCUCUUGCUCUCAUUACUGAAAGGAACAAGAGGCCAAAGCUUACUUGGAGGGUACUUUUCAUGGCAUUUCUAUGCGGCUUAUUUGGGGGAAGUUUAUUUCAAAACCUUUUCUAUGAAGCCUUAGCUUUAACAUCAGCAACGUUUGCUUCUGCUAUCUACAACCUCAUUCCUGCCAUCACCUUUAUCAUGGCCAUCUCAUGCGGAUUUGAAAGAUUAAAUUUGAGGGCAGCAGCUGGAAAAGCAAAGGUGUUAGGAACUGUAAUUGGAAUAGGUGGGGCAAUGAUGUUGAUAUUUCUGAAAGGGGUAGAAAUUGAUAUUUGGCCUUUUCAUAUAAACCUAUUGCAUCCACAUGAAGACAAAAAUAGACACGUGGCAGCAGCAGUAGAUUCAGAUUGUGGUAGUAAAUGGUUUGGUGUUGUGUGUGCUGUUGCAAGCUGCUUCUCUUUUGCUUUAUGGCUAAUAAUUCAGGCUAAGAUGAGCAAAGAAUACCCAAGCCAUUACUCAAGCACAGCAUUAAUGUCUACAAUGGGAGCAAUACAAGCCACUGCUUUUGGUGUUUCUGUUGAAAGAGAUUUCAGUCAAUGGAAGUUGGCUUGGAAUAUCAGGCUACUUGCUGUCGCUUACUCGGGAAUCGUUGCCUCUGGAUUAGUGGUGAUUGUGACUUCAUGGUGCAUCAAGAUGAGGGGCCCACUAUUUGCGUCUGUAUUCAACCCCCUAAUGCUCUUGUUUGUCACUCUUGUUGCUUCUCUCAUGUUGGAUGAAAAAUUAUAUUUAGGAAGUAUGAUUGGAGCAGUGUUGAUUGUGUGUGGAUUGUACAUGGUUCUUUGGGGAAAGAGUAAAGAGAUGAAAAAGAUUGCUCAAUUGAUGACAUCCAAAAUUGCUCAAGAAUCCGAAGAUGUACAAGUUGUUGUUAUGUCCACUACCGACGUUGAUAAAGAUUGUGAUGAUAAUUUGUCAAAAAGUGAGGAAAUUAAAAGUAUUGGGGAUCGAUAGAUACACAAAUAUUCUUCUAAUUACUAGUAUUGCAGAGCAUGCCCUGUAUUUAGUAUUUACAAUUUAGUUUUAAUUUUGUUCGUUGAUACUAGUAAUUAGUAAAGUAAAGGCUUUAUAAUAAUAGCAUGUACACGUAGUGAGUUACAAAACAAUUGAGGCCAAGCUGGUGUAGCAAAACUAGUGAUCCAUCACAGCUAAAAGCAACAAUGUGCUUCUCUAGCACUUAAACAACUCCCACUGCAAAAAUGUCGGAUUCGUUUCUUCCUCUCAAAAUGGGCCCUAUUCGCAUAAACCAACUUUAGAUUGGGCUUGACCCAUUAGGGCUAUCAAGUUAUCCAAAUUGUAGGGAGCCCAAACCACCUCUAUACCAAUCUCACAGUUACGCGCUUUUUACCGUAUUUUAGUUUACGAUGGCGUAAAAUACAGUAUCAAAUUAUAUCAAACUUUUGUAAAUUUCAUGUCAAACCUAAAAUGAGCUUAUAGCAAAUAAUAUAGGAGACUUGUGUACAAUUUUUUUUAUAAGCCUGAACUUAGACUUUUUAAUGG